GUAUUUAUCACUCUUUUGUGGUAUUUUUCUCUUUCCUCUAACUUUAUUAGCUACUAUAUCCUGUAUUACUUUUAACUCUUUAAAAGUAAUUUCCCUCCACUUGCAUUGCUCACAUGAGCAUGUUUGUAUGAAAGCUGUGUGCUCUGCUCUCUUUCUUCCUACUUCCUAGCUUGAGCCUGCUGGCCCAUGUUAGCCAAAAUAAAGGAAGCAAUGUCAAUCUCAAGGCUAUCAAAUUCUUAGUGAUUUUGUGAAAAUCAUUGAAGUUGAUAGGGGGAAUGGCCCUCAGCCAGCUGGUUACCCUCCUCUUUGUGAGCGACUAGGUACCAUAGCUGAGUUUAUGCUACUUAUCACGAGCAGGUCUGUGGUGUGCUAGGCUGUGACUGGAGGAACCUAAGAGUUCACAUUGCAGGCGUGAAGUUAUGUAGGGUGCCUAUGUGAGAACGGUGAAUCGCAACUGCUCUUGGCAUACCCCAACUGAGUGACUCCAAAUCGACUCCGUAAAGUCCUCAGUUAUGUGGAGCAGGCUUCAAACUGUGCUCAUCAGUGAAACUUUGUUAGAAGCUCAUGUCUGUACUGAUGUAUGCACGAUGCCAGGGCUUGGCUACAGUGAGUGUGUUGACGUUUAAUGUCUGUUGGCAUAACUGUAAAGAGACUUUAUUUAAGAGGGAGGAACUGCAGAAGAGGAAUGUAUUUUUAAAUUUCACUUGUGUCUUACGGCAAGCCCAUGCUGAAAUUAUUAUUUUUUUAUUAUUAUUUUUAUUUUAGGAGAAGAGAUUAGAAGGGUUACCACUUUUUAUUCCCCAAUGUCUUUUCUAAAUGAUGGUUCAACGGGAUGUUUGGGGAAAAUGUGACGUUAUUUGGCUUUGCCAUUCCGGCAGAGCUUAAAGUGGAUCCAGAAUGCCAUCUUAUGCAUUUCCUUCUGCUCUGAAUGUCAGGAGCAAUUCAUGUUGUUGACAGCUAUGUCAACAUGUGAAGCUGAAUGAAGGACAGGAACUAAACAACAAGCUAAUAAUAGAGAGGCAAGGAAGUGAGAAUUGAACACUUCGUUAGUAAACAUUCUCACUGUCAUGAGUAAGAGGACCAAACAGUGCAGGCAGCCUUAUCUGUUCCUGCAUGCACCUUGUUGACAGCAUUCUAACGGAAGAGAGCUGUUCGUAUGUGCAUUUUGUAUGAGAAACAAGUUACCCAAGCAAUAUGCAUGCUCAACUUGCAUACAAAAGCUACUUUGUUUCCUAUCUAUUAUGCUUACUUAUGUACCCUACUUUAAACUUAGGCCAUGAAAAGGUCUCUCAAGUAUGGCCCCAUAUCGACCUGUUCCAUAUGAUAAAAUAUGGCCCCACAUGUACCCACUGCAAAUGGUAAAAGUGCUUUUUGUCUCCCGGGCAAUGAGAGGCAUCAUGUUAAUUACUGUUUGAUGCAUCUUCUGCAGUUGAAGAGUCAUCGCCGUUGGCUCAGUGGUUACGACAUACCCUGAGAUACACUAACUGGCAACCCCAGCGCAGGCUGUUGAAGGCACGUUUAUUCUGAGAUAUGCUCAGUCAUCUCUGUGCCAGCCCCUAGCAAGCUGUGGGCACUGCUCCUUGUUUUUCCUAGUAAAGCAGGCAAAUAAGCUAAUCUGGAGGCCAGCAGAGAAACGGUCUGUGGUAGUGGAGGGUGUGAUUCUGCAGCGCUGUGCUAUUGCCCUAGUGUGUUGUGUACUGCUAGCAGAAAUCAGAGGAUGCUGUCCAAGUUCUAUUGUGUGGUGGUAAAUCUAACAGUUUACAUCAUGCUGGUAUGGAGUGGCUGCUAAAUACGGGGCAAGCAAGUGUAAGAGGAUCUUUAUUAGUAGGGAGUAUGAUACAGCCCUUCUGCGUCCUGAAAAAAAAAAACAGCUGUGAAUAUUUCUUCACUGUUGUAAAGCUUUAUUGCAGAGGCUCAUCUUUAAUUUGAAUUUUUUCUAGUAGUUAAACCUGCUUGUUUGUUUUACUUGCAGCUCAGUUUAGGCUGAAUUAAGGAUACACACUCGUAUCCUUAAUUGUGCUGGUUUGUUUUUUUUUCCUCAGGAUGGCUGUCUAUGCAAAUAUAAUGCAUCUUGUGUACAGUUGAAUUGUUACAUAAAUUAAAAUAUUUUCCCUUAUCAGGAUUGAAAUGCUUUUUAUGGGGACUUCUGCUUCUGAUGCCUUGACUCUACUGAAGACUUACUUUGUUGCGUGGCUUAAAAGAAGAUGAUACUGUUAAUGAACUGUGAACAUCCUUCAGGAGCCUGGCGGCCCUUCAGUCCUUGGUUAAUGCUGUCAUGGACAACUUCAAAGGCUCUAUUUCAAAACACCACAAGCUGUUAUUGCACCUUAUAAAGGACUCCUGACCUUUUGCAUCUUCAUGAGUCAUAUCUAGAUGCCACCAGUGUUUCCCAUGUUAACAGUUCUGAGCAUGUUUUACUAUAUGUGCCUUCGACGCCGAGCUAGGACAGCUACAAGAGGGGAAAUGAACAGCCGGAGGGCUAUUGAAUCAAACACCCGAGCCUUACCUAUCAAUGUUGAGAUAGUUCAGUAUGCCAAAGAAGUGUUGGAUUUCAGCUCUCAUUAUGGUAGUGAAAACAGCAUGUCAUAUACCAUGUGGAAUCUGGCAGGUAUUCCAAAUGUGUAUCCUAGCUCUGGUGACUUUACUCAGACUGCCGUGUUUCGAACUUACGGGACCUGGUGGGAUCACUGCCCUAGCGCUCGGCUGCCGUUCAAGAGGACUCCAACCACCUUCUGUAGCCAGGACUACGUGGAACUUGCUUUUGAGGAGCCAGUUUAUCCCACUGCAGUGCACAUUCUGGAAACGUAUCAUCCUGGAGCUGUAGUUAGGAUUUUGGCAUGCUCUGCAAAUCCUUAUUCACAGAACCCACCAGCUGAAGUAAGAUGGGAGGUCCUCUGGUCUGAGGCACCUACAAAAGUGAAUGGUCCCCAGGCUCGGCAAUUCACACCUAGUAUCAAACAAAUAAACUUUCCCACAAACUUAAUUCGACUGGAAGUGAACAGUUCUCUUCUGGACUAUUACACUGAAUUAGAUGCAGUAGUACUACAUGGUGUGAAAGAGAGACCUGUGCUCUCACUUAAGCCUUCGAUGAUUGAUAUGAAUGAUAUUGAUGAAGACGAGGAUGAAGAGAAGUAUGGCUGUGGAAUGGAUGCUCUUAAUAAACAGUUCAGCAUUGUUGCCCUCAGAGAAUGGCCAAGUAAUGGGUACUUUGAUAAGCUGCCUUACGAGCUCAUCCAGUUGAUUUUGAGUCACCUUACAGUACCAGACCUGUGUAGACUAGCACAAACCUGUAAGCUGCUGUAUCAACAUUGCUGUGAUCCCCUGCAGUACAUUCAUCUCAGUUUACAACCUUACUGGGCAAGAAUUAAUGACACAUCUCUGGAGCACCUACAGUCUCGCUGCACUCUCAUCCAGUGGCUGAAUUUAUCUUGGACUGGAAACAGGGGGGCCAUCUCUGUUUCUGGAUUUAGCAGGUUCUUGAAAGUUUGUGGCUCUGAACUUGUACGUCUCGAGUUGUCUUGUGGCCAUUUCCUCAAUGAAACAUGUUUGGAGGUCAUUACUGAAAUGUGUCCUAAUCUUCAGGAAUUAAAUCUCUCAUCGUGCGAUAAGAUACCACCUCAAGCUUUCAACCACAUAGCCAAAGUGGGCAGCCUAAAGCGUCUCAUUCUUUACCGAACAAAAGUGGAGCAAACAGCCCUGCUCAGUAUCCUGAACUUCUGCUCAGAGCUUCAGCACCUCAGCCUGGGCAGCUGUGUCAUGAUUGAAGACUAUGAUCUUAUAGCAAGCAUGAUGGGAGCAAAAUGCAAAAAGCUUCGCAGUCUGGAUUUGUGGAGAUGUAAAAACAUAACUGAAAAUGGAAUAGCAGAGUUGGCUUCAGGCUGCCAGCUUUUGGAAGAACUUGAUCUCGGCUGGUGCCCCACGUUACAGAGCAGUACGGGCUGUUUCACAAACCUCGCGCGCAAACUCCCGAACUUACAAAAGCUCUUUCUUACGGCCAACAGGUCUGUGUGCGACACAGACAUUGAAGAGCUUGCAGCUAACUGUACUCAUUUACGGCAGCUAGAUAUAUUGGGGACAAGGAUGGUAAGCGCAGCAUCUUUAAGAAAAUUGUUGGAGUCUUGUAAAGAUCUUUCUUUACUUGAUGUGUCCUUCUGUUCACAGAUUGAUAAUAGAGUUGUCCUAGAACUGAAUGCCAACUUUCCAAACGUGUUCAUAAAAAAGAGUUUCACCCAGUGACUCACUACAUAUGCUGCUAUGGAAUUCCUUUGACAGUUAUUUCCUGUGAAUUUGUGCUGAUUUUUUUUUAAGAAGAGUUCCUAUGAAAUAAUGGAGUGUAUUAAUUAUCUGUACAAAUGGGUAAAAUACAUUUUGAAUUUAAAUAUAUUAUGUGUUUCUUAGAGCUGAUAUUGUACCUAAUAAUUGUUUUACUCCGUUAAUCGGUGGCACUGCAUGUUUUUGAAUACUAGCCAUAUGUGUGGCUUUAAUGGCAAGAAAAUGAAAAACAUCUUACGUGUCCCUUUAUAGGGUGUUAUACACAGUAAACUGUGAUAAUAUCUACAUAAAAGAAAAUGCUGAAUAUUUACCAGUAAGAAAAAAGGGUGCUUCCUUUUUUAUUUAUAUGUAUAUGUGUGUAUGUAUAUAUAAAUGUAUACAGAUGCACACGCAUACAUACGGUAGCAUUUUAAUUUGGUCUGCAGCAUAACAUCUUACGAUCAGGCCUAUAAUUAGUUGUUUUAAAAACUGUUUAAGCUUCAUUAAGAAUGGAUUGAAAAGACAGUUUUUCUUCCUUUUUUUGUGGCAAUGAACUGUAUCUGAUAGAUUUUCACCCCUUCCUCCAUCUGAAAUAGAUGUAGUGAUGUUUUACAGUCCAGCCCAAGUGGCACAACAGAUAAACUGAAGAACCUUCCACUCGAACUUGUAGCAGAGAUGAAAGAGAAAAUUGCCAGCUGCUUCUUGGUGUUGGAUUUAAAGUUUGAGCCCUACAUAGUGUCAUAACUGAUGUGUAGAAAACUCCAGACCAGUUUUCUUUACACAGUCAAGAUGAUUGGUUUGUAUGCAUGUAAUUAUCGUGCAGAGUAUCGUAAAAAAUAGUACUUAGGUCAGUGCAUUAGCAAAAGUCCCUUGCACUGGAAUAAAAUCUGCUAUCAAGUAUUAAGAACAAGCAUCUUUGUUCAGUAAAACGACAAUGAAAAUACAGUGGUUUUGAAAGGAGGACAAUGCAUUUUGGUGACUUAGUAAUCUAAGGUAUUGGGUUUGGGUUUUUUUGUGUAUUUUCUUUUUUCCCAAGAGGUGAGAGCUCUAAGUACUGUUGCACUCUCUCUUCAGCACCGUUGAAAUUUUGAAGAAGGAAAACUGUGCUGAUGAACUAUUUACAGGGUUUCUUCCUUUUGCACUUCCUUGGAUGAAGCUUUUCUCUUUUUUUCUUUGAUACCAGUGCUAGGAUACGUUGCUGUGUACAUCAGGAGUUGAGUGUUUUACCUUUUUAGCUGUUGUUGAUGAAUAUGGACCACGAAAUACAGCCUGUCAUUUGAUAUUGGCUCCACUGUUACUGUCAUGGUGGCACUUACUACCUACUGGAAGAACGAAAAUAUUCGUCUGGCAGAAAUAUGUUACUGCACUGAGGACCACUGGCAAAGAAUACUUCAGAUCAUACAGUAAAUAGCAAUGUAGUGAUAGAGGACUGCUACAAAUUGUUAAAGAUCUGACAAUCUCCGCAACUCCUGAGUGAACACUCUGAACUCUUGUGCUGGUGCCAAUACUUUCCAAACUGCGUCAUGAAACAACUAGAAAACAUGUAUCUGAUUUUUAUAAAAAAACCUUUUUCAUUUGAUUUUUUAGUGUUACAGAAUCUUUUGGGAAUUCCAGAUCCAAAGAAGGGCAUGCGCAGUUGGCUUCUUGAUACAUUUUUUUUCCUCUGCACAGAUGGCACUAUGGGAUUUCCAGCCAGAUCCAUUCCACUUUUUUUUUUUUUUUUUUUAGUAACCUGGACAUUGUCAGAGAACUUUAAAUUCAGAUUUUGUUUUCCCCACUGACAGAUGUCAACUUUGGCAUGAUUCUAUGUGAAACCUCAUUUCUUUCAAUCAGGUUUAGAUUGAUUUACAUUUCUGGGAACUUUUAAUAUAUUUUUUUUUAAUCUGUAAGUAAUAUUUUUCAUUGUAACUUAAUAAUGAACAUUAUUGUCCUAGCUGUAGAAGAAUACAGGUUCAGAUAAUGGGACUUUACAAAGAACAGUAUUUUAAAACAAAUAUUUUUGUUGAAAAUUUCACUUCUCAGGGUGCAUCUGUGUUUAUCUCUCUUUUUUUUUUUUCUUAGAGAUCUUGUUUUCCACUGUAAAUAGAAUGGGAUACGGAUGAAGUGAUAUCCAUUGUGCCUUUAGACUGGUAAACUAAAUAAAUAGUAUAGUGUCAUUUCUGUAGCAUCAGUGAAUCAAAUCAGUGUUUUUGUAAUCAUGUAUGUGUAAAGGAUUUCAUUCUCUGUUGCUUUUUAGGUGGUAUAAAGGGGGGUUUAAAUUGACAUUUUGUUCAUACUAAGGGAUUUUUUUCUUUACGUUGUGCCUUCUGUUUGAAGCUGGUUUUAUCAGAAGUUCUCUAUUGUGACUCGAAAGAUAAAUUGAAAUCUACUCUUUAUUUGGGCUAUUUAAAACUUGGCUGUUGCUAAUGUAAUUAAUUCAAAUAGCCGAGAAAUAAUUGGGAAAGACUUUCAUCUAUAAUUGUACUCUUCAACCUUCAAUCAGUGGGUAAAAAGCUCUUUUAGCUAUGGCUUUAUACCUCCAAGAUGUCUUCCAGCAAAGCGAGGAAAGACUGGACUUCAUAUUUCUGAUAUUUCCAAGAUAAGAGAAGAAGAUACUUUUAGACCUUCCUUAUAUGUCACAAUGAAGCAAAUGUAAGUUGCUGUAUUUUGUGGUUUUGUUAUUUUAUACUUAGGUGUAUAUAUAUGCAACUUAUAUGUGUGUAUAUAUGUACACACAUAUGUAUGUACAUAUAUAUAUACACUUAUGUAUAAAUCUCAACAUUUUUCAUGUAAUAAUUACUUUUGUGAAGUACACAUAACAGCAGAAGGUGUUUUCUAGCAGUUGUGUUUUAAAAUGUUGUUUUACAACUGGUGGUGAGGACUGCGUUUCUUUCCAUCUGUGCAACAGGAAAAGCCUGGGGCCUGGGCAGUACAGGUGUGCUGGAUUUCCUGCGUUGCUUUGCCGAAGUGCCUUUUGUUUGUCUAUAGGUGAGAGAUAUUACAAGGUAUGGUAGAGUGUGAAUGCAAAGUCCGAUAACUACUGUGGUCUCUCUCCAUGUGAAGUGGUCAUAUAGAGGGAAAUUUGUUUUAGUUUCAUUUAAUCCAAAGUGAAUGAUGCUAACUAUUCUGGAAUUGAGUGGUCUUCUCCAACAGUCAACCAUCCCUCAGUCACGUUAUUUAAAUUCUGCUUUUAAGGAUAUUCCAUUUUUUUUUUUUUAUCUUUUGAUGUUGUUUGUCUUUCAUAAUCAUUGCAAAAUGUGCUUUGGCAACAAAUGUUAAAAAAUGCAUUGAUAACAUGUCCUUAAGAAAAAAGGUGACAUGCUGUGAAGUUCUCCUGUUCUCAAACUAAAGGGGGAUUUGCUGUACUGUAUGUAUGAAGUCGGCAUGAGCUGUCAUAUAAGGAGAUAAGUCAUUAAUUCUGGUCAUUUUUAAAGUUGAUGGGAAUUUUACCACUUAAAAUAUCUUCCCAAAUUUUGAUGCUUCCAAUUCACUGGUGUGCAUACUUGUAUUCAUAAUCGUGAAUUGUUUUGGUAGGCUAAAUGGCUUUCUGGACAUGGAUGAGGCUACUUAUGUUUAAAUUAUGCACUUGAUCAAGUACAUUAGGGAGCAGGACUUGUGUAGAAGAACGACUUUGCACAGCAGUUUUGAACUUUUAAUCCCCGUGUACUUAGAGAUCCAAAUUUCAGACCAAAACAAACAAACAACGACAACAAAACAACAAAAUAGGGGAAACUCGUAUUUCUUGCCAAAUUCGUAGGGCUCUCAUGCCAGCCUUUCCAGAUGUAAGAUGUCCAGUAAUCAUGCUAUGUAGUGAGUAGAACUCAUCUCAGUAAGUGCCAUUUCUCUGAAGGUUAGACACCUGGUUUAAGUGGGGAAUCUGGGCACCUCUAGGGAGCUAUUAAUCUCCUCCUUAGAUGUUUGAGGAAAGUCAAAUGAAUCAUUUCCUGGGGCCUCCCUGAGGAGGCUCUGGAAGCUGUGAUUUAGCCCAGGUUAGAUACUUUGCUUUAGAAUACUAAACUGAGGUUAAUUCCAUCCGGCAUUGUACUACCAGCCUUGGAAUUACAAAAACCAAAAUGAGAACAACAUCCAUCCCCAAAUGUCAAAACCUUCGAAAAUCUAUCCAGAAGGAAGCAAAUUAAAGAGAAGCUGACUUGAAAAGUCUGUUUUUAUAAUGCCAGGAUCUGCUUCUACUUUUAAGUCCCUUGCCAAUGCCCAUGGUAUCUUUUCUUUUUCUUCUUAAAUUGAAAUGCAUCCCCUUUCUCUAUUUUAAAACAUCUACCUAACUGGCUAUAUGUAUUUUUCUGUAAAUGCACGAAAUUAACUGGAAAACAUAAUUAAUAUAUUGCAAUUAUUUUUAUAAUCUUUCAUAUUGCUGUAAUUAAGACUAUGACUACUUUAAGUGCUCUCCUGUCAUCAGAAAUGUUACCCACUGUGCACUUGCAAAAUUGUGUGUUUAGUCCUAAUUUAUACUGUGUGUACUUACUGCAUCUUAUGGGAUAUGUUUCACACAUCAAGUCUGCAGGACUGCUAAAUUUACAAAAACUAGAUAAAAUGUAGCAUUUUCUUAUAUGUAGCUUGGGAGUGGCUUUAUGUAUUGAUUUACAUGUUCAAUAUUAUUCUUUUGCAAUGAUUCCAUAUGCUGUAGCUUUUGAUAUUGCUAGGCUGAAGAUUCCUGGUUUAAUGCAUCUGUACAUGCUAUGUUAGAUACAGUCAACAUAUUUCCAAAAUAAAAGUGUUUGUCUUUCACUGA